AUGUUGGAUUGCGUGCGUCUCUUGUGGGGUCCGUUACCCCGGCUCGUCGACUACCGCUACUUCGACGACGAGGCGCACACGGUGCCGGCGCGCCAGCUGCGGGGGUUCGAGAAGCCGUACCUGGAGCCCGGGGAGGCCGCCGAGGUGGUCUUCCCGCUGACGCGCCGCGACCUGAGCAUCUGGGACGUGGUGGCCCAGAAGUGGGCGCUGGGCGGCGGGGAGUACAAGGUCUGGGUCGGCACCAGCAGCCGGAACCUGCCGUUGGAAGGGUCCCUUCAGAUUUAG